ACCGGGUCCGGAUAGUGGAUACCGGACUACCGGGAGUACCGGGCCGCAGUUGGCCGGCGUGGCUCAUGAUAGAUGGGUAGUUUAUAUUAUUCGCUCGCUCGUAGUGCUUUCGCACGUUGAGCUUUGAUUCACAUCCGUAUGCCUACUAUUCGAGCGUGUUCAGUAUUCAGUUGCGCGUAAAGUGUCUCGUGUUUCGUUAAAACCGCAUCUUGCGACAAUCUGAAUAUAUAAUCUGACACGUCGCUGUAAUCGGCGCACACGCACACUUACUUUGCAGAAUUGUGGCAAGAGCUAUGACGAGAAAUCGAUGACGACCUGUCAUACAUGAAGCGUCUUUAUGACAUUUCGCUUAAUAUCUUUCUCGAGACGACGAUAGAAAUUUGACGGGUGAAUCAUGUCAUCGUCAAGAUCCAGACGACCUAGCGUAUCGAUAUAUGAUUAUCCGGAACAUCUGAAUCCGUUCAACGAUGACACGACGUAUUCUCAACCACAAGUGCAUCGCGAUGGUAAAUCGUCGAAAGACUCCAAACACAAGUUCUGGACGUUUGGCAGAAGCCGAAAGAAAAGAUCGAACAGUUUCUCGAUCAAAUCAACUUGGAAUGGAUUGUUCGGAAAGCGCAAAGAAACUCCAGAAUCGAUGGAAAAAAGGUCGACUAUUACAACAGUCUCGACUACGUAUAAGAGAGAGCCUUACGAUAGACCGACAGCACCUCCACGAUUGUCUAAGGAUCAGCAGGAAUUUGAUGAAGCCUUGGGCACUUUGACGAGAAGAAGGAAGUACACUUACGACAAUAAUAUCUCGAGACAUAGCUCGAAUUUAACGGUAAACGGGGAUCCUGCUAGGACUUACGAUGGAAAUCCUCAAAUUACCACAGUGUCUAUUAUGAACGUCGAUCUCACUCCGAAACCACCAGCCAGAAGAUUUGGACAAGUGAGCCCAAGACCGACGGACAAAAUACCACCUUUAGAUUUCGAGGACAAGCAAUCUAAACAAAAUGGUAGUAUUAGUUGUCACGACCAACCGGAAGAGGUCCCGAUUCCACCAAUGCGAAGAUUCGGCAAUAGAUCAUCACAAAGAUUGAAUGGAGUCACAUCGGAUAUAGAGGAAGAUUCGACUAAUCGAUCCGGUAAUAUUAGCCUGAGAGAUGAAAACGAAAAUGUUCCCGAAGAUUACGUUUUUAAGAGAUUUAAUCAAGAAACUGUGAGAAGAUCGAAUUUGUCCAUUAAUAGUUGUACAUCCAUUACCAGUACGACAAGCACGUACGGGCGCAAGAAACGAAGAGCACCGCAACCGCCGAAACAGAAGGAACAAUUGGAUACCUCUCUGGAAAUAAAUAAUUGGUCUAUAGUGGAAGUGAAUAAAACAGAACCUAUACCAGAAAUGACAAAACUUGAACUCCAAAUAACCGAACCGAUCGAUAUCACCAAGGUCACAGAAAACAUCAAUGAGAUGAAAAAUACUUAUGAAGAAUUGAGCGAGACAUCGCCGCGGAAAGAAAGUGAGCAGACUGCAAAGGACGUGUCGUUUGACAAAGUUAUGAGAAAUAUCGGUAAGAAUGAAACGUGUGACAUUUCUAAGGAUUACGAGUCUAGCGAAAAAGAAAAAAAGAAUUCUUUAGAAGACAAAAUAACAUUUAACUGUGAUGAAAAAUCAAAGAAUACUGAAUCCGAAGCAAAAAUUAAUAAGAAAUUAAAUAAGGAGCAAUCAAAUAUCAUUGCUAAAGAUUUUAUUGAAAAAGAUCCUAUAGAAAUAGAAUAUAGAAGAACAUCUCAAGAAAAGAUCGAAAUUAUCAAGGACAUCGAUCAAGAAUCUGACGAAGUUUGUCUGAGAGAAAAAGGUUCGUUAUUGCAAAGUGAUAGUUUUUCCGUGAAGGAAGAAAUAGAAAAGAUUGAAAGACAGAUCAAGACAUUGGAAAGCAAAAACGCAUAUAAAGAACAAGAAGAUAUCGAUAACGUGAAUCACGAUGAUCCGAUAACAAACACCAGAUUAUCUAUCCAGGCGAAUCGUCGACACUUUUUUGAAAAUAUGGUAGACGGGCCAUCUGGUCCGAUUAAGUUAGAAUUCAAGAAAUUGCCACGUGAGCAGAAGGACAUUGAUGUGAUUAGAUUAAUGGAUUCCCCAAUACCAGCGUCUCGUGACACGGUGAAGGUGAUCGAAUUACACAUUUCCGAACCAAUCAGACACAAACCUGAACUGUUGGAUGAGGUAAAUCCAAUACCGAAACCCAGGAGACAUAGUGCGCUUAGUUUAAGAGACACAUCUGAAUCUAGAUCAAAGGAUGAAAAUAGGAACUUACACGACAAUGAUAAAAGAGGACAGUCCUUUUAAAAUUUUAAAGCUUUGUUCAUAUUUUUAGACUUUCCAAUAAAAUUCUAUUAUUUUCAUGAUUUUUUACAUGUAUUGAGAGGAUAAUUAUGUAACUGUAAUUUCGAAAAUUUAUGUUUACAGAUAAACUUAUUCAAAGACUGUUACAUUCUAUAUUGUCUUUUUUUAUUAAAUCGCAACUAUUUCAUACUAAUGCAUAUUGAAUAUAUUUUUCUGCAAAAAAUUUAUUGCAGAGAAAACUAGAAUUUUUAUGUUACGAUUAUGUUAUGAAUGUUAAUUAUACAUUAUUUUUACUUCUGAUAUAUUUACUGUAACACUUAGUUAUUAUUUUCAUUAUUUAUUGAUGCGAAAUAAAGCCUAAACAUCGUAGAAAUAUGUGAUAAAGUACAUAAUCCUACUCCAAAUCUAUUAAAAACUUAAAAAUUAAAAUUAAAAAAGUGUAGGAAACAGGAAGUGAUAACAGCGUACUUCUCUUGCUUUUCAAAAGUAUUUUACAAGUUAUUUAUUGUAGAAAUAUUUUCAUUCAUAAUGUCUGUAAUUCGAAACAAAACAAUUGUCGAAUAAAAACAAUUGUUUCAUAA